GAUGCGCGUGCCCGGCGGGAAUUUCCUUUUGAAGCGGGUGCAUGUCUGCACCACGGAUUGCCUUGUCAUUGUAUCCAGACAGAAACGCGUGGUCAGCGGCACCACCGACAGCUCCACUGCAGCCUAACUGGUACAUCGUGGUGUAUAAAGUCAGACUUCAAGCCAGACAUGGAAACUGAAAAAAGCGGUGAGGUUUUAGAUGCAUCAGAGGCUCCACAGGCAGAGGAGACUGUAAUGGAAAAAGAGGCUGUGUCAAAACAGGAGACACCAGAGGAAUCCACAGAGCCUGAGAAGCCACCAGCUGCCGACGAAGAGACUAAGCAGAUGGCAGUGAAUGGCCAUGACACAGAAGUCAUAAACUUGAAAGAAACAGAAGAGGUGAUUGUGUCAGAAACUGUAACGCUGUCUGAAGAAAAAACAGAAACGGAGAUUAAGAACAGCUUGCCAACAGAAAAGGCCGAAACGGAGUCAGCGCCCGAGGCGGUGGCACCGCCAGAACCGGAUGAGUCAUCUGAAAAGAUCUCUGACCCAAAUGCAGCUUUAGACACAGAACCAGAAAACAUCCAGCCUGUGCCAGAGAAUGACCCAGAACCUUUGCCUGUACAAACACCUCUGGCAGACAGUGCCCCUGGACCAGAGCCAGAGAAAUUGGCAGAAUCAGUUCCAGAAACUGAAGUACAAGAGCAAACACUACCUGAACUAGUUACGCCACAGCAGUCAGUGGACACACAGCCACCCAGCCAAGAGAAAGUGUCGGAGCAAGUGGAAACUGAGAAAGAAUUGCGGACUACGAUGGAUACUACGGCAGAAGAAGCUACCAAGAAGGGAGCGCCUGAAAAUGAUGUCACAGCCGAGCCUGCAAAGAAGGCGAGUGAAGAAAUAACUUCGGAAACGGCUUCUCCAGGAAAGCCAACUGAGACUGUGACAGUAAAGGAGGAGGCAUCCGCUGAAACUGAAAAUGUGAAAACCACAGGGGAUGAGAAGGAAGGUGAACCCAAAAAAUCAGUUGAGUCUGAUACUGUGAAGGUAGCCGAGGCAGCCCCAGAAGGCGAAGGUGUUAAAUCUGAGACGAAUGAUGCUGAGCUUGAGAAGGAAGAGGAAACGGGCCCUGCACCUGGCUCCCUGUCCUUUGCCUUCCUGGAACGAGAGCAGACCAAAGACGCCGUGCGAACCUCUCGUACACUUGUCAUCCUGAGAGGACUUCCAGGAAGCGGCAAAAGCUUCUUGGCACGUGUCAUAGCUGAUGCCUACAAAGACAGCUGCUCUGUCAUCUGUGCUGAUGACCACGGUGUGAAGCCAGAGAGUCCAGAAUCAUCUGUGGAUGGAUACAAAGCUCUGGAUGACGCUCUGGUGACCUGCUGCAGUGCGGGAACAGCUUCCUCUCUGCUGGUGGUGGUGGAUGACACCAACCACACCCAGGAUCGGCUGGCCCGCCUCGGGGAAAUCGCAGAGCAGCACCGUCUUGUGGCUCUCUUUUUGGAGCCACGUACUGAAUGGAGCAGAGAUGUAGCACAGCUGACCAAGAAGACCAAGCGUGGACUAGAGGAAGCCCAACUGGAAACCAUGAGAGGCCAACUUGAGGAGAUGUCCCUUCCUCUUUACUUUGGCUGGUUUCUUCUGUCCUCCUUCCAAGACAAGGUCAAGUGCACAGCAAUGGACUUCCUGAAAACGCUGGACACCCUGGAGGCCUUCAAGAAACACUUGAUUGACUUCACUGGGAAAGCUGAGAAGGAGGUGGAUUUGGAGCAAUACUUUCAAGCCAAACUGCCCCUGCAUUGCACUACAAAAUUCUGUAACUAUGGAAAAGCAGCAGGUGCCAAAGAGUAUGCACAGAAUUCAGAUGUCAAGGAUUUCUAUGGUUCUGUGUUCGAGCUGUCACUGAGUGCUCUCUUUGUCACUCCUCGCACUGUUGGUGCCAGAGUGUCCCUCACUGAGGAGCAGCUUUUACUUUGGCCAGCUGAUGCUGAAAAGGAGGCAGCGCCCGCCACCGCCCUGCCUGUGGGAAGCCGUGCCCAUGUUACUCUAGGAUGUGCAGAGGGUGUUGAUGCAGUGCAGACGGGUCUGGAUCUGCUUGAACUCCUGGCCCUGCAGCAGGCAGGCCAGCAGGGGAAUCUCGUCGAGGAGAUGGAGCUCGGCUCGCUGACCUAUUACGGUGAAGGAAGGUGGUUUCUUAGUCUCAGAGAGCCUAUCUGCGCCCUGGCCUGCUUCUCCAGCUUCUACGGGCACAAAGAGGUCGAGCCGACCAAAAAAGAACCGGAGAAGAAAAAGAAGCCAAAGUGCACCAUUCUGUAAACGGCAAACAGGGAAUGUGUGGCUGGGGAUGACUGGUGAAUUAAAACUUAGGCUUACUCUGUGCGAGGUUUGUGUGUUUGUGCAGUGUUUAGGGUUUCAGUUAUAGCCACCCUAAAUCCACAAGCUGUGUGCCUUUUUUUACCGUUUGAUUUGCACCACAACCCAAGAUGCCUUCAGUCUAGUUAUGCUUGUUAACGAUGUUGAAUAUCUUGUUUCACAUAUCAGUCAGCCAGAGUUGCAGUACUUGGCUAUUUGCUGACGUGUUAUUAGCUGCAGUUUUAGACUAAGGUAGUAUAGCCUCCUCCCACAGCUUCACAGUUAUCUAAAACUUAGAUUUCUAUACAUGUCAGUGUCUCUCAGUAUUCAGACAUACAAAAACUAGGUACUUUCACUGCAUGCAUCCCAGGUUAACAGUAUAAACAUUAACACAUUUCUGACCUGCUAAAAGUACUCCUUCUGCUUCAACGUAACUUGUCUGGUGUUUCCUGUGUCUUAGUGGAAAGUUCAAAAGAUUAGCUGUCAUUUCCAUACAAAUGUGUGCGUGUGUGUCUUUGUGUGUGUGUGCGCAUGUGUGUGUGUGUGUGUGAGAGCAGCCUAGAAAGUAGUUGUUACAAUAGCAUAUGGGCCAAAGUUAUCUGUUUGAUUAAGUGUAUUAGAAUGAAUGUCACUGAUAGAAGUCCUUGUAAAACCUUUGCACUGUGCAUAGUUUGAAAGGGACAAUGUUCAUGAUAUUGGUAUCUGUUUCAGCAGCUUGCACUUAGUACUCAAAUGCUGUGAAUCCAACUCUGUGUUUUGCAAUCUUUUCUACAGUGCAAGACUGCACCACUGAUCCCUUGUAGCCUCUUUGAACAGCACUUCAUGUAUUGCAUUUCAAUUUGUAUCCUUUGUGACUGUAAUUUUUGAAGGCUGAGUCCUACUUUGUGUAGCUCUUAUGAAUCACUAUUUUUGCACUUGUUUUGUACACUUAAUAAAAAAGAACAUGCUUUGCUCCAGUAA